GCGGGGCCGGCGCUCCCCGCGCGCCGGUUCCGGUCUGGCGGCGGGCGCGGAGCGGAGGGCCCUCGGCAGCCGCGGAGCCCGGGCGCGUCAUGGCCGCGGCCGCGUGGAUGCCCACGGUUUCUCGGUUGCUAGGUGCUUUCAAAAACCAAAAAAAGGUGACCAGAAGUUUUGGUAAUGCUGUACAAACAGUAACUUUAAUCCCAGGAGAUGGCAUAGGACCUGAGAUUUCUGCUGCUGUCAUGAAGAUCUUUGAUGCUGCCAAAGCUCCUAUUCAGUGGGAAGAAAGGAAUGUUACAGCUAUCCAAGGACCAGGAGGGAAGUGGAUGAUACCUCCAGAUGCCAAAGAAUCCAUGGAUAAAAACAAAAUGGGAUUAAAAGGGCCUUUGAAGACCCCCAUUGCUGCAGGGCACCCCUCCAUGAACCUGCUGCUGCGCAGAACCUUCGACCUCUACGCCAACGUGCGGCCCUGCGUGUCCAUCGAGGGCUACAAAACCCCCUACACGGAUGUCAACAUCGUCACCAUCCGCGAGAACACGGAGGGCGAGUACAGCGGCAUCGAGCACGUGAUUGUCGAUGGGGUCGUGCAGAGCAUCAAGCUGAUCACAGAGGGAGCCAGCAAGAGGAUUGCGGAGUUUGCUUUCGAGUACGCCAGGAACAAUCAGAGGAGCCACGUCACUGCCGUGCACAAGGCAAAUAUCAUGAGAAUGUCUGAUGGGCUUUUCUUGAGAAAAUGCAGGGAGGCAGCAGAAAACUGUAAAGAUAUUAAAUUUAAUGAAAUGUAUCUGGAUACUGUGUGUCUGAAUAUGGUUCAAGAUCCAUCACAAUUUGAUGUGCUUGUUAUGCCAAACUUGUACGGUGACAUCCUCAGUGACUUGUGUGCUGGCCUGAUCGGGGGCCUGGGAGUAACACCCAGCGGGAACAUCGGAGCCAACGGAGUGGCCAUUUUUGAGUCGGUUCAUGGAACAGCACCAGACAUUGCAGGCAAAGACAUGGCAAAUCCAACUGCCCUCCUGCUGAGCGCUGUGAUGAUGCUGCGUCACAUGGGACUGCACAAACACGCCACAAAAAUAGAGUCAGCUUGCUUUGACACCAUUAAGGAUGGAAAGAUCCUGACCAAGGACCUGGGGGGCAAUGCCAAGUGCUCGGAGUUCACGGACGAGAUCUGCCGCCGGGUGCGGGACAAGGACUGAGCUCCCCUCGGAGGGCACGAACCCGACAUCCACAUGCAGAGAGUUUGCUGAUCUCCUGAGAGCAAACUUUUUAGUUAAGGCCUCUCCAUUAAUAAAUUUAGUCCAAAUGGCUACAAAUGAUGCUUGUGCCUGCUUUCAGUGGACUUUUCCAAGUGCUUUGUCUUAUUUAUUUUUUUUUUUUUUUUCUAUCUGGUGAACAUUUUUAUGUAAGUGAAUUCUUUUCUUGGCACUGUAACUGUCUACCAUUUUCCAUUUCAGUUAGAGGGUUUUACUUUCCACAAAGAAAAAUUAUGCAAAUAUAAAGCAGUAAUGGAAUUAGUGAAAUGUAAAAGCACCUUAAUGGUUAAAACCUGCUUUAUUGGUCUUGCUGAAGUUGAAAAGGUUUUCAGCCUAACAGUAGCACAAGGUGACCUUCAUCAACAGAAACGGGUAUAAAAUAACUUAAAAAUAGCAAUUUCAUGUCAAAAGCAAGGAGAAAACCACAUUAGAUAGUCUGGUGAUGAAAUACCCACCAAAGGCAUGAAUAAAGAAGUACUAAAUUCUAGAGAUUUAAUCUACUUGUGUACUUUACAAAAGCCCACAACCAUUUCCUAGCAAAGGGUGAGAAUUAAUGCUGGAGCAAAGUUAUUUUUCAAAUCGAGAGAGCACAAUAAUUCUUACGAGUUUUCCCUCUCUGAAAUACCCUUUCCAACAGAGUUAUAAUGAGGGUAAAUUGUAUAAAAUUACCUCUGCCAUAUAUUGUGAAGGGAAAGUAUUAACAUGGCAGAUUACUCCUAGAUAUCUCAUGACUUGUGCUAGAAUGCUCGUUGUGUUGUAGCUUAGUCUGUUCAGUGUGUCCUACUGUAUUGACUGGGAAUUUUAUUCACACCUGAAUGUAAGGGACUAAUCCUAAAGGGAUUAAGGCAGAUCAGCUGUUUGGCUCUGGUGCCUAUGUUCCAGAAAUACAUUUCAUCCCUAUUCAAGGGGAUCCAAGACUUAUUUUUUUCCCUUGCUUACCAAGCUCAAUGGGUGCAAAAGCAACUCUUUUCCCUCCCUCCUCCAUCACCUGUAUGACCAUGCAGAUGGUCAUACGAGUCAUGCUGACCUGUGUGUCCAAAGGUAUCUUCCAUCGGUGCCCCCAGCGAGGAAAUGUGUAUUUUAAAACUCGUUAGUACAGCACAGGAUUAUCCCUACUGCCAGAACCAGGCUUCUUACAGCUUAAUUCUAUUCAUGGAAAGUCACCAAGUGGAGUAACAUCUAUUUAGACUGUUUUAGGCUGGUUGCUUCAGAGGUGACAUCGUUUCUGAUUCAACGACUUCUGGUGUGGCUCUACAGAGUGAGCAGCCCAGCUUUUUUUAGACAGUCUAACAGCCUGUUGGAGGAGCUUUUGGUGAAUAAAUAGGGCAACGUUUCUUUCCGUGUUUUCCAAGCUGCUGCUUCCUUGUUUUCCUUCGGAUUAAUAUUGUUAAAGAACCUCUGAAUGACCGUUGCGCACAAAACGGGGAAGAAUAAACUUUUCAAAGUCC